CAACAACGGCGUUGACGGCGGCGGCCAUUACAACGAGAAGCAGCAUCAGCAGUGAUGGCGCAAGGCGCCGAGGCCGAGAUGGCAUCACAAUGGCCCACAGCGCCAUUGUACAACUUCAGUUCGGCCCCAAGACCAAAGGCAACAAUAGCAGCAGCGAGCCUGUCCAGCGCCAUCUUCUUCCGCAACGCGAGAUGGACGCCAGACUGCACCGCAGUGCUCACGACAGCCGAGGACCACGUCGUGCGCGUGCUCGGCGCGGACCUGUCGCCGUCCCUCGAAUCGCGUCAGCCCGACGCGGUCCACGCUGCGGUGUGGCACCCUGCCGCGUCGGCGAGCACGCCCGAGGCGUUCUGUUUCGCCGCCAGCGUGCGCGACACGCCGGUGCGCCUCGUCGACGCGGCGGACGGGAGAAUACGCGCAUCAUACCCCAUCGUGGACCACCGCGAGCGGUUCAUCGCGCCGCACAGCCUGGCAUUCAACGUCGGCGCGGACAAGCUCUACUGCGGCUUUGAGAACGCGAUCGAGGUCGUCGACGUCGCGAGCCCGGGGUACGACAACCACGAGCGGCUCAAGACGAACGUCACGCGCCGGGACAAGGGCGGGCAGAAGGGCAUCAUCUCGGCGCUCAGUUUCAGCCAGCACAACGUCGGCACGUACGCCGCCGGCUCGUUCAACGGCUCGGUGGUGCUGUACGACGAGGACACGGGCGCGCGGGCGGCUGCACACCUGGACGGGGUGGUAGGCGGCGGGGUCACCCAGCUCGCGUACCACCCCCUCGAUGGCAACACGCUCUUCGUGGCCUCGCGCCGGUCGAACGCGCUCCAGGUGUUCGAUCUGCGGGAUACCUCCGCGCCUGUCGCGCGGCUGGAGCGCAGCGCGAACACUAACCAGCGUAUUGAGUUUGGGCUAGACCCAUGGGGCAGGUAUCUCGCCUCGGGCGACGAGAAUGGCACAUUGCGCGUCUGGGAUAUCUCGGAUGGCGCCUUCACACUCCUGCUCGAGGACAAGCUACACGAAGAUGCCCUACACUCGGUCCAGCUCCACCCCUACAAACCGCUGGUCCUCACAGCCGCGGGGUCGCGAGCAUACCUCCAAAACACAGUCGACGAUGCGUCCAGCGACGAGUUCGACUCGGACUCGGAAAGCGACGGAGGUGACGACGAGCUUCUCGCCCCCACCACGCAGCGCAAACCACCAGACACACGCCUCGUGGUCUGGGACUUUGAAUGA